CAGUUGUCAAGUUGUACGAUGAUGGGUUUGGGUAAAGUAGUUGCCCUCGCGGUGAGUGUGGGUCUAGUGGUGGGUUUGGCCGCUGCCGGACCAUCAAAGAAGGAGCAGAAAGCGCUGGAUGAAAAGAACAAUUGGUGGAAGAACGAGGUCUUCUAUCAGAUCUAUCCGAGAUCGUUCCAGGACAGCGAUGGCGAUGGCAUUGGCGAUCUGCCGGGCAUCACCUCCAAGCUAGAGUACUUCAAGGAAACGGGCAUUACGGCGGUGUGGAUGAGUCCCAUCUUUGAGUCGCCCAUGGUGGACUUUGGCUAUGACAUUUCCAACUACACAAACAUCCAGCCCGAGUAUGGCACCCUGGAGGACUUUGAUGCACUGAUCGCCAAAGCCAACGAGCUGGGCAUCAAGGUCAUACUCGACUUUGUGCCGAAUCACAGCUCCAAUAAGCAUCCGUGGUUUGCCAAGUCUAUUGCCCGGGAGGCUGGCUACGAGGAUUUCUAUGUGUGGGAGAAUGGCACUCUGCUGGAGAAUGGCACUCGAGUGCCCCCGAAUAACUGGAGAUCCGUGUUCUCGGGCUCCGCGUGGGAGUGGAACGAGGAGCGUGGACAGUACUAUCUGCGGCAGUUUACGUACGCCCAACCCGAUCUUAACUAUCGCAAUCCCGCCGUGGUCCAGGCCAUGGAUGAUACUUUGAUCUAUUGGCUGGGCAAAGGAGUCGCUGGCUUCCGCAUUGAUGCCGUCAUUUACGUCUACGAGGAUGAGCAGCUGCGGGAUGAGCCACUGAGUGGCACCACCAGCGAUCCCAAUUCGUUUGAUUAUCUCGAGCACAUUUACACAAAGAACCUAAAGGAAUGCUACACCCUGCUGCAGCACUGGCGCCAGCUGCUCGACAAUUACUCCAGCAGCAAUGAGGGUCCUCUGCGGAUCAUGAUGACCGAGGGUUACGCUCCGUUGGCGGAUCUUAUGGAUUAUUACGAGGAUGCGCAGGGCGUGCUGGGACCAGAGUUUCCUUUCAAUUUUGAUUUCAUUAGCGAACUGAGCGCCGACUCCUUGGCAGCAGAUUUUGUCUUCUAUAUCCAGCGUUGGUUGAUUUACAUGCCACAUGGACAUGUGGCCAAUUGGGUGAUGGGCAAUCACGACAAUUCACGGGUGGCCUCACGUUUUGGUGCACAGUCUGUGGAUGCAAUGAAUAUGCUGAUGAUGACACUGCCAGGCAUUGGUGUGACUUAUUAUGGCGAAGAGCUGGGCAUGCUGGACUAUCGUGACAUUAGCUGGGAACAAACUGUGGAUCAGCCUGCCUGUGAUGCUGGCAUUGACAAUUACAAGUGGAUCUCUCGCGAUCCCGAGCGCACGCCCAUGCAGUGGAGCGAUGAAGCGAAUGCUGGGUUCUCCAGUGCCAGCGAAACUUGGCUGCCUGUGCACCCCAACUACAAGGAGUUGAAUCUGCGGAAUCAACAGCAGGCAGAGCGAAGUCACUACAAGAUCUAUCAGUCGCUGCUGAAACUGCGAGAACAGAAGGCACUCAAGAGCGGAGCUUUCAUACCUGCAGUGCUGAAUCGCCGAGUGUUUGCUUUUAAGCGUGAAAUCCAGGGCCAAAACACUCUGCUAACCAUCAUCAAUGUCAAAAAUCAAACGGAACAGCUGGACAUAAGUGAUUUCAUUGAUUUGCCCAAUCGUUUGCAUGUCCUUGUCGCGGGUGUGGAUUCCGCACAUGCUGCCGGAGAGCGUCUCAAUCCGCAGAAGAUCAGUCUGGCACCCUAUGAGGGUUUGGUCAUUCAGCUGAGCAAGCGAAAAUAAUUAACCAAAACAUUUGUUGUUACUCCUA